GUUUUUUUUUUCAAAAUCUCUCUCUACUGAUUUGUAUUCGAAAAAUUGAAGUACCUCUGCUAUCGUCGUGAUACCGUCAUGCCUCGUCUAUUCAUAAAGCGGCAAAUUGAAACGUUUUGUUAGUGUCGCUGUCGUAUUUUCAGACCUAUCGCACUUCGCAUUGGAGCGGCUUGAUCGAUUAUGUCUGGGAAUAUUGGAGCAGUUGGUGCUGCUAAAAAGCCUGCUGGAGCUGCUGCUGCUGCCCCUGAUCAGACAAAGGAGAAGAAGCGCAAAGAGACAAUUUUGGACCUCAGCAAGUACCUUGACAAGACCAUCAAAGUAAAAUUUUUUGGAGGCAGAGAAGCAUCAGGAGUUCUUAAAGGCUAUGAUCAGCUCAUCAAUUUGGUACUUGACAAUACUGUUGAAUAUCUCAGAGAUCCUGAUGACCCAUACAAGCUGACCGAGGACACCAAGGAGCGAGGCCUUGUGGUGUGUCGCGGCACGGCAGUGGUGCUCAUCUGUCCCAUGGACGGGUGCGAGGCCAUAGCUAAUCCAUUCACUCAAGCCGAGUAGCGGUGACCACCCAAGUUGAACUCCUAGCGGGAGCAGUUGAAAGACUUUCUUUUAGCGGUUGAUUUCGAAAACUUAACUUCUUUUGAUUACCAAUAAAGGCCAAGCUCUCGUGGUGUGAAAUGGGAGACAGGCAGUUCUUGCAGUUACUUUCGAUUCCUCCAGUGACGUGCACCAGGCAACAUUAACCUAAUGAAUACCACUUAGGUGAUAGUAAGUUAAUGUUUUCAUUUAAGGAUGUUUUCUAAUCUGCUCGUAUAGGUAGUCCUCCUGUCUUCCUGCUUUUUUUUCGACUCCUCAUAGCAGUGGUUGCUGAAUAUUACUUCUGUUGAAUAUUUUGUAUCCACUUCAAAAUGACGAGUUUUGUAAAACACCUUGUUUUGUGCUGCAUUUCUAACAGCCUUUGAUGGAUACCAGCGUAUUUAGAUACUAGUAGUCUUAGAGGAGCUUUUCAUUGAAUAAUGAGAUCCUUGGUGGACACUUCUUGUGUUAAUAAUUUGGCUGGCAAUCUUUUCUUUCGCGGACAAUGGCUUAUCUGGCUUAGGACACGAUAUCGAAAUUUGAAUUGUUGAUUUGUUUUCAAAUUUGUGUUGUGACUGUAUCUCCUCAUUUGCCAGUGAUAUUUGAUAAUUUCCUACAAUUUAGAUACAUUUUGUAUCAUUCUCUAAAUCUGAAAUGCAUUGAUAUCACUGUCGUCUGAGGUAAGAUUUCAGUUAUGGCAAAUGAAAUUGAGAUUCCACACUGCAUUUGACUUCGGUCCAUUGCCCAACGCUGCUUCUCAGUUAAGAAAGCUUUCAAUCAACUGACAUUGUAUUCGACGUUGGAAAGUGCUCCAUGACCUGAAAUUGGAAAUUUUAUUCAGGAUGUCAUGAGCUAGACAUAUUACGGUCACACCGUUCUCAUGACGUUCAUUUGUAAUAAAACACUAAAUCCCAUCUUUGAUUGAAUAAUAGUAUUCAAAGCUUCUUUGUAGUUUUCCAUGUAACUCGAAAUGUGAGGUCGAGAUAUAAUUUUUUUUGCGAAGCUUUUAUUCCAUAACUUGCUUUAUACGUCAAAUAUGAAUAAUUUUUUGUGCUUCUCAGCUAAGCGAUUUCCUAAUAUGAUAAAAGUUCAAUUUGUUAGAUUUAUGAUUUUCACUUUCGUUCUUGUGUUCUCUUCUAUAUUGGUUUGAAGGAAAUUUGGCUAUUCUUGAAAGUUGCAUUACCGGCUGGUAUCAAAAGUAGUAGUAGUUGUUUUGAAUUUUCGUGGCUCGAUUGAACGCGGUAAACGAGUACUGAAUUUCAGUGUCGGGCACUGAAGAAUCGUGUGCUCCCUCUGACAUGCCAAGGUCUAUUGAGUAAAAGUGACACGAUUUA